GGGCACCAGUCGAGCCAGCUACAUUGCUAGGCGACUGCUCUUUUUAUGGUUCUGCAGCUGCCAAAGUGUAAGCCAAGGGAGAAAUCCCACCGAAAACCUGCUUUUGAUAACCCGACCUCUGCCUCUCUGUGGUUCCCAGAAAUCGGAGGCGUGAUCAUGAGGCUCCUGUGGAAGUCCAUGGACAAGAUGAGAUGCUUCAGGAAGCGGUCCAUGCUCCCAGGCCUUGCCUUCCUUUUCACCUCUGUGCUCUUUUUCAACCUUUACAUGGACGACGGAUAUGUGCUGGAGGCGGAAAAAAGACAGCUGGGAGAGGCGCUAAUUCAUCCUCCAAACUCUGAGAGAUACGUUCACACUUUCAGAGACCUGUCUAAUUUUUCUGGGAGUAUCAAUGUGACAUAUCGCUACCUUGCUGGAACUCCUCUGACACGCAAAAAGUACCUCACCAUUGGCUUGGCGUCUGUCAAGAGGAAAAAAGGGAACUACCUGUUGGAGACAAUCAAAUCCAUCUUCGAUCAGUCCAGUUACGAGGAACUGAAGGAGAUCGUGGUCGUGGUCCAUCUAGCAGACUUUGACCUGGCCUGGUGUGAGAACCUGGUCCAGGAAAUAACACGAAAGUUUGCUCAUCACAUCAUAGCCGGGCGCCUCCUGGUCAUCCAGGCCCCGGAGGAGUAUUACCCCUCUCUGGACGGGCUGAAAAGAAACUAUAACGACCCGGAGGACCGAGUCCGAUUCCGCUCUAAGCAGAACGUAGACUAUGCUUUCCUCCUGAACUUCUGCACAAACCUGUCUCACUUCUACAUGAUGCUGGAGGAUGACGUGCGCUGCUCCAGGAACUUCCUGACUGCUCUGAAGAAGGUCAUCACAUCCAGGGAAGGUUCCUACUGGGUGAUGCUGGAGUUCUCAAAGCUGGGCUACAUUGGGAAGCUGUACCACUCCAGAGACCUGCCACGUCUGGCUCACUUCCUCCUCAUGUUCUACCAGGAAAUGCCCUGUGACUGGCUCCUCAUCCACUUCAGGGGUCUGCUGGCCCAGAAGGACGUGAUCCGCUUCAAACCCUCACUGUUCCAGCACAUGGGCUACUACUCCUCCUACAAAGGAGCAGAGAACAAACUGAAGGAUGACGAUUUCGAGGAAGACUCCAUAGACAUUCCUGACAACCCUCCUGCCAGCCUCUACACGAACAUCAACGUCUUUGAAAACUAUGACGCCACCAAGGCCUACAGCAGCAUCGUUGAUGAGUAUUUCUGGGGGAAACCUCCAUGCACGGGAGACUUUUUUAUCAUAAUCUUUAACAGAUCAACAAAAAUAAGCAGAAUUAAGAUUGUGACGGGCACAGAAGAUCGACAGAACGACAUCCUCCACCAUGGGGCUCUGGAAGUAGGCCAAAGGUCUGUGGAGACCAAACAGGGAAGACAGUGCACAUCCUACAUCACAUUAGGAGAGUUCAAAGUUGGAAACAUUGAGAUUUUCAAUGUGGACCACAAGAUUGGCUUUGACAUAGAGUGUGUGCGGAUAGUUAUUACAGCUAGUCAAAAAGAGUGGCUGAUCAUAAGGACUAUUAGUCUAUGGACCACACAGCCCGUAAGCCAAUUAAGAAAGUAAGAAAUGACGUUUUUGAAUGAAUUUCUUUAGUUGAUGCAGUGCAUUCAUUUGGGACUUUUGCUGUUAUGUGAAUUCAAAUCAAUCCAUAUUUUCUUGGGUUGUUUAAUGACCGUCUGUAAGUUUUCAUUGUGAUUUAUUCAAAUAACUAAUGUGUAUACAUAUGGAACCUUUCUACUUGUGUUCAUUUUUGAAAAAUCUGUUUAUAAAAACACUUAUGCUCGGUUUAAAUCUCCUUUUCUCUGUCA